AUGGUUCUCUUCCUCCACGCCACAGAUCUGUCUGUGAGCGAAAUAAACAUUCAUUCAUUCAAUCAAAAAAUCGAUAAAAUGUAGCUUUUUCUUCUUUUUUUUCUGGCAUCAGGUCUUUUCAGGAUUUUCCUUUAUCUGAAAAACCGCUUGGGAGUUUUUUUCAAGCCUAUUUUAUCUCCUUGAAAAAGAUAUUUCAAUUUCUAAGGCGUUUAGAAAAUGUUUUGAACCAAAAAAAGAUUGGUUUGACUUUUUUUGGCCCUUUUUAGGUAGUUUUUUUGAUUUUCAACCUUUUUGGACCUACCUUAUAAAUUAGUUUAUUUAUUGACGAAGCUUUUGAAGCUCCUUUUUGGAGUUUUCCAAGAGAAAAAAGAUAAUUUUGAACUCUAAUUUCUGCCAGGUUUAUACCGGAGAGGCGACAGUCCGUCAUGUCGGUCCAAAAGCGGGAAUCCACGGAUCCGGAAUCGUGAUCAAUUUGGAACAUUUCAAGCCGGAUUCCCAUCCGGACGACCUACUCAAACCGGUUAUUCGGUAUGGAUCUUCGCUUUGAGACUAUUUUUAAAAAUGAGUCUAUGCGCCUUUAAAAGCUCAGGGGCAGUCAAAUAAGAUUUUUGAAACUUCAAUACCGAAUUUCAGAGUCACUAAUUAUCUGGGAAAAUUUUUAGUGGCCACUAUAGAGUUUUGACGUUUUAGUGGCCACAAUAGUAGUCAAAUUAGUAACCACUUAAGGGGUUAAAAGUUAGUGGUCAAUAUAGAGGUCUAAGUGCUACUACUAGACCACUAAAAGUUUGAGUGGGCACUUUAGGGGUCAAUGGAUCAACAUAACUGGUCAAAUCUGUUUGUUUUAAAAUUAUCAGAGUUACUGGAAGGAAUACUGGAUGAAAAACUACUGAAGUGGCCACUAAAACGGAAAAUAGUGGCCACUAUAGAGGUGCGUUUGGUGGCCACUUUAGUGUCCUCUCCAAGUAGCGAGCUUCUAUAGUGGCCACUAAAAAUUUUCCAAUAAUAAACCAAAUUUUAGAGUUACUAAUUAUGUGUAGUUUGGUCUAGUUUAAGUUUUGCAGGAAAUUUCAUUUUUUGCAAAAAAAAAAAUGUUAUUCAGCACCCUGCAGCAAAGUUGCUCUAUGGACUAAACAUGUCGUGAUUUUUCCUCGAUUGGAAUUUUCUGUUCUCAGGAAUUUUGGAGGGGUCCUUAUAGGGUUUUGUUGUUUCAGAAGCCUCUUAUACACCCCUAUAGGGACCCUUCUAAAUUUUUUUCUAGGAUGGAAUUUUGAAGCAUUGGUCAGAAACAGGUUGAUCAAAAUAAAGCUGAUUCGUGGCUGGCUUGAGCCAUCGAAAAAAGGGUCCUGACACGAUUAUGCACGAGAUAGCGCCUGGCUCGUAGAGAGCACAGAGACAGGCCACGCCCACUAAGGGUCCCAAGCUACCAGUGAACCGACUACAAGAUUGCAUUUGUAAAAAUGACCAUUUUUUAAUGCCUAAAUGUAUUUGAAACCUUCAGCAAGUCAUUUUGAGAUUUUCCAAUCGGAAUUUGUCCAUUUUCAGAUAUUCACUGAACGAUCUCACCCUGAAGAUCAAUCUGUACGGCGGAAGUGACUUGUCACAAUAUCCCGUCAAAAUCAAGUCCUACAGUACGGAAGGAUACCGACAAGGUUACGGUAAAACCGAUCCUGAGACUCCCGGCGGAAAAUAUCGAGACCAUUCGGUCGCCGUCUGUUUGGAGCUCUCCAAGGUGAAUUCAAGUGGAAAAUUAUAAGUGGGGGACGAUUUUUGUGAGAUUUUUGGUUUUAGAAAGUAAAACUGAAAAAUUUUGGGUAGUUUCUAAGCUUAAGUGGUCCCUAUAGGGGUGAAUUAUAGAUAGUCUCUAAGUUUCCUAUGCUUAAGUGGUCCCUAUAGGGUUGAAUUUUAGGUCCACCCCUAUAGGGGUAUGUUUUAGGUAGUCCCUAGGUUUUCUUAGCUUAAGUGGUCCCUUUAGAGGUGAAUUUUUGGUAGUCCCUAAGCCCCCUAAGCUUGAGUGGUCCCUUUAGGGGUGGAUUUCAGGCCGUCUCGAAGUCCCCUACGCUUAAGUGGUCCCUAUAGGGGUGAAUUUUAGUUAGUCCCUAAGUCCCCUAAGCUUAAGUGGUCCCUAUAAAGGUGAAUUUUAGGAAGUCACUACGAGAGUUAAGUCUGAUUUCUGGGCCAUUAAGAUUGACGUUAAGUAGUCUCUUCAGGGGUUUAAUAAAAACCUCUCAGUCUCUUAAGUGGUCCCUACAGAGGUCUUUUAUUUUUUUUUUACGAUUUGAAACUUAAAAAGUCGUAUAAAAAAAAAUAUUGAUUAGAAAUUCCGGAUCAAAUUAACUUCCUUUUCGCGAAAACUUCUUUUUAUUCGAAAAUCUGGAAAAAUCUUUCUGUAGUUCAUUCACAAUACUCUUGAGACAAUAUCCAUUGAGGAAAACUAAAUGAUGAGUGAGAUAGUGUGCGAAAGAAGAGGUUUAGACGGUUAUGAAGUGAUUUUUUCCCUUCCUAAGCUCGUAUUGAAUGUAGUACUUUACUCGGUUAAGAAUUCCUAGAAAGUUCCUCAAGAUUUUCAUUUAGAUUUCAUUCGUGCACCAAAUCUUCGAACAUCCCUUCCAUUUCAUGACCACAACGAUGUUCUCGAUUCGCGAUUUCGUUGUACGGGACCGUGUCCACGCCAGCAACAUCAAGGACAUGCUCUACCAAGUUGGAAACUCGUCCCAUUGUUUACAGUUUCAAAAAAUUCCAGUACUCCACGCCGUCCAUGCCGAGAAGAACUUCGGCCCCCAUGCUGGCCGUCCGAAUCGCGAAAACCGAGAAAAACGAGGGAAAGAUGAGGGUUCACUUAAGGGAUCGCCUUCCUAAAGUCCUCCUGGAUAUUGCAGAUCUCUCUCCUGCCCGUCAAGAUCAACAUCGACCAGCACGCUUUGGAAUUCGUCACGGAUUUUGUUGAGGAGAUUGGAGCGUUGGUGAAGUUACCUGGGAAAGGUAGAGAUGAGGAAAUGAACACUUAAGAAGAAAUUUAACUAAGGGUUUGAGAAAAAAAGUGAACAAGGUUCUUGAAUAAUGAUUGCUUAGACACACCUGUAAUUCGAUGAUUUACCAAAAAAAUCUUUUUUUCUUUAAGCAUGGAGGGGGGCUUGGCAUUAGGGGGAGGGACUUGGCUGUCACGAGUCAUGCUCAUCUUAUGUAUGUUAGACAGUUAAUAAUUUUUGAAUUUAUUGUGACCGCAUUGAGAAUGGCUCAACGCGUCGCGGUCGCGUUGCGGCUUGCUUGACGUAAAAAAAUGAGAAUAUUGAAAAAAAAAACAAUAAAACUGAUUGAAAAUUUGAAAAAAUUAAUACGCAGUGAAAAAAAUUUAACGAAAAAAAUUUGAAAAAGCUGAUAAGAAAUCUCAAAAAAAGUUAUGACAUAGUUUUACGGAUUUUUUUAUAAAUUUUGGGAGCGUUGAGUAUGGCUCAAAGCGUUGCGGUCGCGGUGCGGCUCAAUUAAAAGGUUAGAAAUGCAGGUUCUUGUGAAAAUAGGACUAUUUGAAAGAUGAAUUUCACCGAAGUAACGUUUAUUUGGCUUCUAAUGUUUAGAAACUGCACAAAAAUCCGUUUUUUCUGUCUUCAGUGUGCUUUUUUGAACAUUAGAAGGUUGAAGCCUCAUUUUAAAAAAAUUGAAUUUUUUUCAAUAUGUUGAAAAAGUAGUUCAAUCUCAUUUUCCUCGACUAUUUUGAUCUAUAACUCAUUAUAGUUAACUAGGCGCGCGCAAGUCGUUUUAUAGUCGGUCGCACCUUUAGGAUCUCUAAUUUCCUAGGAUUUUUACUCAACAUUUUCAAAAUUUAAAAUUUUUGUUGAAAAGGCGUGAAAUAGAAGUUCACAGUCUUCUUUUUUAAUUUUCAAAAAAUCAAAUUUUAAAAAGUUCAGUGGGAAAAAAAGUCGUGAGAUUUAAUAAUUCGUAGUCUCAGGAUCAUCAUCCGAUGUCGCCAAGUUCCUUCAGACCUCGAGGUCCAGAACUGUAUCCGAAGAUUACGAAUUCGUUCAGGAUCCGGAUGGAAACUGGGCGAAUCGGUUUUGAGAGAAAAAUGUGUGAAGUUGUUCAUUUUGCUGUUUCAGCCCCUCGCCGAGGCGUGUCCGUACGCCAAACGUCGACGACCUCCUUUCCAACUCUACGAUGUCUGAAACGAUUCAUCCCUCUCUUGCCAAAAAUCUGAUUUCUCCUGAAGAGUGUGAAGAGCACGAGGUAGGGCUCAGAGUUAGGAGUAGGGAUUUUGAAAAGAAAGAUAAGAGAAGUCUAAAAAAGUUUCAGGAAUUGAGAAUUUGAAAAAAGUUACUACAAAAAGGUCACAAGAGAACCUAUAUAAAAGUUGAAUAAUAAAUUAAGGUUCUGUGGUAAGGUUGGAGGGGCCACUUGAGGGCUGAGAAAUGCUCAGGAAAGUUUUAAGAAGUCUCUAGAGGGAUGAGGGAUCAAAAAAUGGAAAAAACUGUUAUUCGUGAGGCUUCAGAAGAUCAUGGGAGUACUUACCAUGGUUAGAAGCUAACAAAUAGAUGAGUAGUUCAGUGGAAAGGUUGGAGGGGGCACUUAAGAACUGAGGAAUCAAAAAGUUAGAUGAAAGCGUAGGAAAUGUUCGAGAAGUUACUAGAGGGUUUAGGAUUCAAAAAAUGGAAAAAACUGUUAUUCGUGAGGCUUCAGAAGAUCAUGGGAGUACUUACCAUGGUUAGAAGCUAACAAAUAGAUGAGUAGUUCAGUGGAAAGGUUGGAGGGGGCACUUAAGAACUGAGGAAUCAAAAAAUUAGAUGAAAGCGUAGGAAAUGUUCGAGAAGUUACUAGAGGGUUUAGGAUUCAAAAAAUGGAAAAAACGUUCAUCGUGAGGCUUCAGAAGACCAUAAGACUGCUUUAGAAGGUAACAAAUAGAUGAGUAGUUCAGGGGAAAGGUUGGAGGGGCCACUUAAGAACUGAGGAAUCAAAAAAUAAGAUGAAAGCGUAGGAAAUGUUCGAGAAGUUACUAGAGGGUUUAGGAUUCAAAAAAUGGAAAAAACGUUCAUCGUGAGGCUUCAGAAGACCAUAAGACUGCUUUUAGAAGCUAACAAAUAGAUGAGUAGUUCAGGGGAAAAGGUUGGAGGGGCCACUUAAGAACUGAGGAAUCAAAAAUUAGAUGAAAGCGUAGGAAAUGUUCGAGAAGUUACUAGAGGGUUUAGGAUUCAAAAAAAUGGAAAAAAACGUUCAUCGUGAGGCUUCAGAAGACCAUAAGACUGCUUUAGAAGCUAACAAAUAGAUGAGUAGUUCAGGGGAAAAGGUUGGAGGGGCCACUUAAGAACUGAGGAAUCAAAAAAAUUAGAUGAAAGCGUAGGAAAUGUUCGAGAAGUUACUAGAGGGUUUAGGAUUCAAAAAAAUGGAAAAAAACGUUCAUCGUGAGGCUUCAGAAGACCAUAAGACUGCUUUUAGAAGCUAACAAAUAGAUGAGUAGUUCAGUGGAAAGGUUGGAGGGACCACUUAAGAACUGAGGAAUCAAAAAAAGUUAGAUGAAAGCGUAGGAAAUGUUCGAGAAGUUACUAGAGGGUUUAGGAUUCAAAAAAAUGGAAAAAAACGUUCAUCGUGAGGCUUCAGAAGACCAUAAGACUGCUUUAGAAGCUAACAAAUAGAUGAGUAGUUCAGGGGAAAAGGUUGGAGGGACCACUUAAGAACUGAGGAAUCAAAAAAGUUAGAUGAAAGCGUAGGAAAUGUUCGAGAAGUUACUAGAGGGUUUAGGAUUCAAAAAUGGAAAAAUACGUUCAUCGUGAGGCUUCAGAAGACCAUAAGACUGCUUUAGAAGCUAACAAAUAGAUGAGUAGUUCAGGGGAAAAGGUUGGAGGGGCCACUUAAGAACUGAGGAAUCAAAAAAUUAGAUGAAAGCGUAGGAAAUGUUCGAGAAGUUACUAGAGGGUUUAGGAUUCAAAAAAAUGGAAAAAAACGUUCAUCGUGAGGCUUCAGAAGACCAUAAGACUGCUUUUUAGAAGCUAACAAAUAGAUGAGUAGUUCAGUGGAAAGGUUGGAGGGGCCACUUAAGAACUGAGGAAUCAAAAAAUUAGAUGAAAGCGUAGGAAAUGUUCGAGAAGUUACUAGAGGGUUUAGGAUUCAAAAAAUGGAAAAAACGUUCAUCGUGAGGCUUCAGAAGACCAUAAGACUGCUUUAGAAGCUAACAAAUAGAUGAGUAGUUCAGGGGAAAGGUUGGAGGGGCCACUUAAGAACUGAGGAAUCAAAAAAUUAGAUGAAAGCGUAGGAAAUGUUCGAGAAGUUACUAGAGGGUUUAGGAUUCAAAAAAUGGAAAAAACGUUCAUCGUGAGGCUUCAGAAGACCAUAAGACUGCUUUAGAAGCUAACAAAUAGAUGAGUAGUUCAGGGGAAAGGUUGGAGGGGCCACUUAAGAACUGAGGAAUCAAAAAAUUAGAUGAAAGCGUAGGAAAUGUUCGAGAAGUUACUAGAGGGUUUAGGAUUCAAAAAAUGGAAAAAACGUUCAUCGUGAGGCUUCAGAAGACCAUAAGACUGCUUUAGAAGCUAACAAAUAGAUGAGUAGUUCAGGGGAAAGGUUGGAGGGACCACUUAAGAACUGAGGAAUCAAAAAGUUAGAUGAAAGCGUAGGAAAUGUUCGAGAAGUUACUAGAGGGUUUAGGAUUCAAAAAAUGGAAAAAACGUUCAUCGUGAGGCUUCAGAAGACCAUAAGACUGCUUUAGAAGCUAACAAAUAGAUGAGUAGUUCAGGGGAAAAGGUUGGAGGGGCCACUUAAGAACUGAGGAAUCAAAAAAUUAGAUGAAAGCGUAGGAAAUGUUCGAGAAGUUACUAGAGGGUUUAGGAUUCAAAAAAUGGAAAAAACGUUCAUCGUGAGGCUUCAGAAGACCAUAAGACUGCUUUAGAAGCUAACAAAUAGAUGAGUAGUUCAGGGGAAAAGGUUGGAGGGGCCACUUAAGAACUGAGGAAUCAAAAAAUUAGAUGAAAGCGUAGGAAAUGUUCGAGAAGUUACUAGAGGGUUUAGGAUUCAAAAAAUGGAAAAAACGUUCAUCGUGAGGCUUCAGAAGACCAUAAGACUGCUUUAGAAGCUAACAAAUAGAUGAGUAGUUCAGGGGAAAAGGUUGGAGGGGCCACUUAAGAACUGAGGAAUCAAAAAAUUAGAUGAAAGCGUAGGAAAUGUUCGAGAAGUUACUAGAGGGUUUAGGAUUCAAAAAAUGGAAAAAACGUUCAUCGUGAGGCUUCAGAAGACCAUAAGACUGCUUUUAGAAGCUAACAAAUAGAUGAGUAGUUCAGUGGAAAGGUUGGAGGGACCACUUAAGAACUGAGGAAUCAAAAAAGUUAGAUGAAAGCGUAGGAAAUGUUCGAGAAGUUACUAGAGGGUUUAGGAUUCAAAAAAAUGGAAAAAAACGUUCAUCGUGAGGCUUCAGAAGACCAUAAGACUGCUUUUAGAAGCUAACAAAUAGAUGAGUAGUUCAGGGGAAAAGGUUGGAGGGACCACUUAAGAACUGAGGAAUCAAAAAGUUAGAUGAAAGCGUAGGAAAUGUUCGAGAAGUUACUAGAGGGUUUAGGAUUCAAAAAAAUGGAAAAAAACGUUCAUCGUGAGGCUUCAGAAGACCAUAAGACUGCUUUUAGAAGUUAACAAAUAGAUGAGUAGUUCAGGGGAAAGGUUGGAGGGACCACUUAAGAACUGAGGAAUCAAAAAAGUUAGAUGAAAGCGUAGGAAAUGUUCGAGAAGUUACUAGAGGGUUUAGGAUUCAAAAAAAUGGAAAAAAACGUUCAUCGUGAGGCUUCAGAAGACCAUAAGACUGCUUUUAGAAGCUAACAAAUAGAUGAGUAGUUCAGGGAAAGGUUGGAGGGGCCACUUAAGAACUGAGGAAUCAAAAAGUUAGAUGAAAGCGUAGGAAAUGUUCGAGAAGUUACUAGAGGGUUUAGGAUUCAAAAAAUGGAAAAAACGUUCAUCGUGAGGCUUCAGAAGACCAUAAGACUGCUUUAGAAGCUAACAAAUAGAUGAGUAGUUCAGUGGAAAGGUUGGAGGGGCCACUUAAGAACUGAGGAAUCAAAAAAUUAGAUGAAAGCGUAGGAAAUGUUCGAGAAGUUACUAGAGGGUUUAGGAUUCAAAAAAUGGAAAAAACGUUCAUCGUGAGGCUUCAGAAGACCAUAAGACUGCUUUUAGAAGCUAACAAAUAGAUGAGUAGUUCAGGGGAAAAGGUUGGAGGGGCCACUUAAGAACUGAGGAAUCAAAAAGUUAGAUGAAAGCGUAGGAAAUGUUCGAGAAGUUACUAGAGGGUUUAGGAUUCAAAAAAUGGAAAAAACGUUCAUCGUGAGGCUUCAGAAGACCAUAAGACUGCUUUAGAAGCUAACAAAUAGAUGAGUAGUUCAGGGGAAAGGUUGGAGGGGACCACUUAAGAACUGAGGAAUCAAAAAGUUAGAUGAAAGCGUAGGAAAUGUUCGAGAAGUUACUAGAGGGUUUAGGAUUCAAAAAAUGGAAAAAACGUUCAUCGUGAGGCUUCAGAAGACCAUAAGACUGCUUUAGAAGCUAACAAAUAGAUGAGUAGUUCAGGGGAAAGGUUGGAGGGACCACUUAAGAACUGAGGAAUCAAAAAGUUAGAUGAAAGCGUAGGAAAUGUUCGAGAAGUUACUAGAGGGUUUAGGAUUCAAAAAAUGGAAAAAACGUUCAUCGUGAGGCUUCAGAAGACCAUAAGACUGCUUUAGAAGCUAACAAAUAGAUGAGUAGUUCAGGGAAAGGUUGGAGGGGACCACUUAAGAACUGAGGAAUCAAAAAAGUUAGAUGAAAGCGUAGGAAAUGUUCGAGAAGUUACUAGAGGGUUUAGGAUUCAAAAAAAUGGAAAAAAACGUUCAUCGUGAGGCUUCAGAAGACCAUAAGACUGCUUUUAGAAGCUAACAAAUAGAUGAGUAGUUCAGGGGAAAAGGUUGGAGGGACCACUUAAGAACUGAGGAAUCAAAAAAAGUUAGAUGAAAGCGUAGGAAAUGUUCGAGAAGUUACUAGAGGGUUUAGGAUUCAAAAAAAUGGAAAAAAACGUUCAUCGUGAGGCUUCAGAAGACCAUAAGACUGCUUUUAGAAGCUAACAAAUAGAUGAGUAGUUCAGGGAAAGGUUGGAGGGGACCACUUAAGAACUGAGGAAUCAAAAAAAGUUAGAUGAAAGCGUAGGAAAUGUUCGAGAAGUUACUAGAGGGUUUAGGAUUCAAAAAAAUGGAAAAAAACGUUCAUCGUGAGGCUUCAGAAGACCAUAAGACUGCUUUAGAAGCUAACAAAUAGAUGAGUAGUUCAGUGGAAAGGUUGGAGGGACCACUUAAGAACUGAGGAAUCAAAAAGUUAGAUGAAAGCGUAGGAAAUGUUCGAGAAGUUACUAGAGGGUUUAGGAUUCAAAAAAUGGAAAAAACGUUCAUCGUGAGGCUUCAGAAGACCAUAAGACUGCUUUAGAAGCUAACAAAUAGAUGAGUAGUUCAGGGGAAAGGUUGGAGGGACCACUUAAGAACUGAGGAAUCAAAAAGUUAGAUGAAAGCGUAGGAAAUGUUCGAGAAGUUACUAGAGGGUUUAGGAUUCAAAAAAUGGAAAAAACGUUCAUCGUGAGGCUUCAGAAGACCAUAAGACUGCUUUAGAAGCUAACAAAUAGAUGAGUAGUUCAGGGGAAAGGUUGGAGGGACCACUUAAGAACUGAGGAAUCAAAAAAAGUUAGAUGAAAGCGUAGGAAAUGUUCGAGAAGUUACUAGAGGGUUUAGGAUUCAAAAAAUGGAAAAAACGUUCAUCGUGAGGCUUCAGAAGACCAUAAGACUGCUUUAGAAGCUAACAAAUAGAUGAGUAGUUCAGGGGAAAGGUUGGAGGGACCACUUAAGAACUGAGGAAUCAAAAAAAGUUAGAUGAAAGCGUAGGAAAUGUUCGAGAAGUUACUAGAGGGUUUAGGAUUCAAAAAAAUGGAAAAAAACGUUCAUCGUGAGGCUUCAGAAGACCAUAAGACUGCUUUUAGAAGCUAACAAAUAGAUGAGUAGUUCAGGGGAAAGGUUGGAGGGACCACUUAAGAACUGAGGAAUCAAAAAGUUAGAUGAAAGCGUAGGAAAUGUUCGAGAAGUUACUAGAGGGUUUAGGAUUCAAAAAAUGGAAAAAACGUUCAUCGUGAGGCUUCAGAAGACCAUAAGACUGCUUUAGAAGCUAACAAAUAGAUGAGUAGUUCAGGGGAAAGGUUGGAGGGGCCACUUAAGAACUGAGGAAUCAAAAAAUUAGAUGAAAGCGUAGGAAAUGUUCGAGAAGUUACUAGAGGGUUUAGGAUUCAAAAAAUGGAAAAAACGUUCAUCGUGAGGCUUCAGAAGACCAUAAGACUGCUUUAGAAGCUAACAAAUAGAUGAGUAGUUCAGUGGAAAGGUUGGAGGGACCACUUAAGAACUGAGGAAUCAAAAAAGUUAGAUGAAAGCGUAGGAAAUGUUCGAGAAGUUACUAGAGGGUUUAGGAUUCAAAAAAUGGAAAAAACGUUCAUCGUGAGGCUUCAGAAGACCAUAAGACUGCUUUAGAAGCUAACAAAUAGAUGAGUAGUUCAGGGGAAAGGUUGGAGGGACCACUUAAGAACUGAGGAAUCAAAAAGUUAGAUGAAAGCGUAGGAAAUGUUCGAGAAGUUACUAGAGGGUUUAGGAUUCAAAAAAUGGAAAAAACGUUCAUCGUGAGGCUUCAGAAGACCAUAAGACUGCUUUAGAAGCUAACAAAUAGAUGAGUAGUUCAGGGGAAAGGUUGGAGGGGCCACUUAAGAACUGAGGAAUCAAAAAAUUAGAUGAAAGCGUAGGAAAUGUUCGAGAAGUUACUAGAGGGUUUAGGAUUCAAAAAAUGGAAAAAACGUUCAUCGUGAGGCUUCAGAAGACCAUAAGACUGCUUUAGAAGCUAACAAAUAGAUGAGUAGUUCAGUGGAAAGGUUGGAGGGACCACUUAAGAACCGAGGAAUCAAAAAGUUAGAUGAAAGCGUAGGAAAUGUUCGAGAAGUUACUAGAGGGUUUAGGAUUCAAAAAAUGGAAAAAACGUUCAUCGUGAGGCUUCAGAAGACCAUAAGACUGCUUUUAGAAGCUAACAAAUAGAUGAGUAGUUCAGGGGAAAGGUUGGAGGGACCACUUAAGAACUGAGGAAUCAAAAAAAGUUAGAUGAAAGCGUAGGAAAUGUUCGAGAAGUUACUAGAGGGUUUAGGAUUCAAAAAAAUGGAAAAAAACGUUCAUCGUGAGGCUUCAGAAGACCAUAAGACUGCUUUUAGAAGCUAACAAAUAGAUGAGUAGUUCAGGGGAAAAGGUUGGAGGGGCCACUUAAGAACUGAGGAAUCAAAAAAAUUAGAUGAAAGCGUAGGAAAUGUUCGAGAAGUUACUAGAGGGUUUAGGAUUCAAAAAAUGGAAAAAACGUUCAUCGUGAGGCUUCAGAAGACCAUAAGACUGCUUUAGAAGCUAACAAAUAGAUUAGUAGUUCAGUGGAAAGGUUGGAGGGGCCACUUAAGAACUGAGGAAUCAAAAAAUUAGAUGAAAGCGUAGGAAAUGUUCGAGAAGUUACUAGAGGGUUUAGGAUUCAAAAAAUGGAAAAAACGUUCAUCGUGAGGCUUCAGAAGACCAUAAGACUGCUUUAGAAGCUAACAAAUAGAUUAGUAGUUCAGUGAAAAGGUUGGAGGGGCCACUUAAGAACUGAGGAAUCAAAAAAUUAGAUGAAAGCGUAGGAAAUGUUCGAGAAGUUACUAGUGGGUUUAGGAUUCAAAAAAUGUAAAAAACGUUCAUCGUGAGGCUUCAGAAGACCAUAAGACUGCUUUAGAAGCUAACAAAUAGAUGAGUAGUUCAGUGGAAAGGUUGGAGGGGCCACUUAAGAACUGAGGAAUCAAAAAAUUAGAUGAAAGCGUAGGAAAUGUUCGAGAAGUUACUAGAGGGUUUAGGAUUCAAAAAAUGGAAAAAACGUUCAUCGUGAGGCUUCAGAAGACCAUAAGACUGCUUUAGAAGCUAACAAAUAGAUGAGUAGUUCAGUGGAAAGGUUGGAGGGGCCACUUAAGAACUGAGGAAUCAAAAAGUUAGAUGAAAGCGUAGGAAAUGUUCGAGAAGUUACUAGAGGGUUUAGGAUUCAAAAAAUGGAAAAAACGUUCAUCGUGAGGCUUCAGAAGACCAUAAGACUGCUUUAGAAGCUAACAAAUAGAUGAGUAGUUCAGUGGAAAGGUUGGAGGGGCCACUUAAGAACUGAGGAAUCAAAAAAUUAGAUGAAAGCGUAGGAAAUGUUCGAGAAGUUACUAGAGGGUUUAGGAUUCAAAAAAUGGAAAAAACGUUCAUCGUGAGGCUUCAGAAGACCAUAAGACUGCUUUAGAAGCUGAAAAAUAGAUGAGUAGUUCAGUGGAAAGGUUGGAGGGACCACUUAAGAGCCGGGAAAUCCAAAAUUAAGAAAAAAGAAGCUCAGGAAAGUUUGAAGAAGUCCCUAGAGGGUUUAGGAUUCAAAAAAUGGAGAAAAUGUUCAUCGUGAGGCUUCAGAAGACCAUAAGAGUGCGUAGAAGCUGAUAAAUAGAUGAGAAAUCCUUAGAAAAAUUAAUGGGACCACUUAACAGCUGAGAAAUCAAAAAAAGCAGAAAAAAAAUUCCAGAAUGUUAGAGGGUCCACUGAAGGGUUUUUACAGAACUUCCUUGACUCCUCUGGAACAACGGAAGGCGAUCAAGAAGGAAAACGAAAUAUGGAAGCUUCUCAGACCGAUUUUCCGGCUCCGGAACCGACCUUCUACAGGUCUUUCAAGAGUUUUUGAGCGAAUAUUUAAAAUCAGCUUCAAAAACUGCACCUAGUGAAUUUAUUUUCUUUCUACGGAAAACUGCGGAAAUUUCAAGGAACUUUAGAUUAAACUCGAAAAAAAUUAUAUGCUUGAUUUUGUUCCAGAGAAUUCGUCUUUUCCCCGCCCAUUUCGAUUUACGUCGAUUACCAUGGAAAAAGAAAAGUGAACAUGGAUAAAAGUGGGCCUUUAGUUGGUCAGUUUGGAUACGAGAUAUCUUGAAAAAAUUGUGUCUUGACAGCUUUUCUGAUGGCUUUCGGUCAGCUGAACAAGAUGCCGAUUGAACUCAAAGAAUUGGUCAACCGGGAUGGAAUGCUCGGCGCUCGGAGAUGCAUUGAGGUAUCCUGAAACUCCACAAAAAAGCUCACUGGAAUGGCUGGAAGCGUCGCGGUCGCGUUGCGUUUCGCGAAAAUCUUUGAAUAUUUCUUUGCAAGUUAGAGAGCGUUCGGAAGUUGAGAGGCCAGACAAUAUUUAUCUCAGAUGGAAAUUCAGAUACUUAGGAACUCCAGAGUGGCCCCAACAGGGGCAUCCUUAAGGGCCCUUGUUUGUUUCCCUAUAGGGACCACUUUACCGACUAUAGGGUCCACUAAGACUUGAAAAAUUGGUCCCUAUAGGGGCAACUCUAGGGGCUCUUGCAGGUUCUUCUCUAGAGACCACUUUACCAACCCCUAUAGGGGCAACUAAAGCUUGCAAAAGUGACCCCUAUAGGGACAUGCUAGUCGAUAAUUGUUAUGGAAUCUUAACGAAGAAGCAUUUCCAUGGGAAAAACUGAAUAAAUAAGCUUUUUUUGAAAUUGAGAGACCCCUAUAGGGUCCACUUGAGCUUUAGGGGCUAAGUGGUUAGACCCUGAACCCCUAUAAGGACCACCUUAAUUUCACCCCUAUAAGCACCAUUUUUUUCGGCCCUUUCCCUCCCUAACCUCUAUAGGGACCACUUUGGAAUUUCUAAGCAGGGAAAUAUUUCGAAUUAUACUUUCGAAUUCUCUUGAAGCUAUAAGAACAGAAAAUAGAGGUUUCAGUAGAGUUUUCUAUUUUGGAAAAUGAAAUGACACGAAAAAUCGGAAAAACGGGUCCUGCCACGAUAAAUAAAAGAGGCAGUGUAUGGUUGGUGGAGAGCGCAGACAGGCCACGCCUUUUGGUGUCUCAGGCUAGCCGUGAAUCGACUAUAUUAGUUUUUUUCUUCAAGAGGGCGGAUUUCUCGAAUUUCGUCAGUUUUUUAGACUGAAGUCAGGUAAAUUUUCCAUCAACAGUAUCCCACAACGGGAAAUACUGGGCCGCUACGCGACCGCGACGCGUCGAGUCAUUUUUUGGACAUCUGAAUACGAAAUGAGACUUUCAGUACGCUAUCAAUGAGUGGAGUGCUGAUCUAAUGAAAAAUAUGCCAAAGGCCUUUGCCAGCUGCGGACCAAUCAGUCCACUCGUUCAAAUCGGUUUGAACCUAUUUCCAAAAAAAGUUAGUUGUUCUGUCUCAGGAAAAGGUAUCGCUGAUCUCUUCCUGAUGCCCAUGGAAGAGAUGCGAAAGGAAAACGGCCGGGUCGUGAAAGGUAUCCAGAGAGGCGUCGGCUCUUUCGGAGUCUCCUCGGCGGUUGGAAUCGUCGGCGUGGCUCAGACUGUAGCUGGACUCGUUCAGGUACAAUCAAAACAUUUUCCGACUUGAAGGAAGAUUGUUGAAACCGUACGUAGGCUGGAUUUCACUCCGGGGAUCAUUUUCCACCGCAAAAGGCGCCCUACCCCCGAAAAAGUGCGCCCUGACCACUCGUAAAAAGCACUGACCCCCUGAAAAGCGCCUUACCCCUGAAAAGUGCACUCUCCCCUUUUAAAAGAGCACUCUACCCUUUUGAAACGUGCACCCUACCCCCUAAGAAGCGCGCCCUACUCAUGAAAAGUGGGCCCUUCCCCUUGAAAAGUUCGCCCUUUCCCCUGAAAAGUGCACCCUCUUUUGAAAAGUGCGCCCUACCCCUCAAAAAUGCGCCUACCCCCUGUAAAGAGUACCUUGCCCCUCUAAAAAUGCGCCUCACCCUUUUGAAAAGUUCGCCCUGCCCCCUGAGAAACGCGCCUUACCCCUGAAAAGCGCGCCCUACCCCUCAAAAACGCGCCCUACCCCUAAAAAGUGCGCCUUAUCCCCUAAGAAGCGCGCCUUACCAGUAAAAAGUGCGCGCUGCCCCUUGAAAGUGCGCACUGCUCUUCGAAAAGUGCGCCCUACCCCUUAAAAAUGCGCCCUACCCCAUGGAAAGUGCGCACUGCUCUUUGAAAAAGUGCGCCCUGCCCCUUGAAAUAAUUGACUUAGCUGCUGAAAACUCGCCUACCCCUCUAAAAAUGCGCCCUACCCCCUGGAAAGUGCACCCUACCCUCCUAAAAAUGCGCCUCACCACUUUGAAAAGUUGGCUCUAUCCCCCUGAAGAGUGCGCCCUGCCUCCUGAAAAAGCGCACCCUGGAAUACGACUCUAUGAAAAAUCGUUAAGACGGUUGCGGAAAUGACGAUGCCUGGGCGAGCUCACUCGAACCGUAGAAAUCGACGGAUCAGUACGAACCAGGCCGUGAUUCCUUCGGAUUUUCGUCACAGCCUUCAACUGGCCUACACAACCUUCUUCGAGGUAUCAUUUCAGUUUUAAAGGGCAUUUAGGUAGUAAAAGCUCAAAAUAAUUAUAUGUUAAUGGUUCCGUUAUGGGCAAUGACAAAAGAUGCGAGUAUAUUGUAAAGUUUUGUUACCUAUGAUUUUCUUUACAGUACGGACUGUGAUCUUAUCAGCAUUAUCAUCGGAAUCUGUAGAAAAUUUUUCAGGGUUAUCGCCAAACUCGCAAUGACCUUGAAAAUCCGGAAAAUGGAGCCUCUGGCCUUUCUGUAAUCCGCUACGCCGUGCCGACUUUCCUUGGCCCGAUCGUCUUGGCUUCUCAAGUCACCUACCAACUUCUUGGAGGUUUUGUGCUUUUGGUCGUGGGCUGAUUGGCUUUGAGCCAGCGAAAAAUGGGUCCUGACACGGUAAAAGAAAAGAUAGUACUUGGUUAGUGGAGAGCGCAGACAGUGUCUGAAGAGUCUGUUCGAAGAAUAGUUGAUUCACUGUUGGUUUGACCCGUUGAAAAAGGGUCUUGACACGGUAAAAGAUGAGAUAGUACUUGGUUAGUGGAGAGCGCAGACAGUGCCUAGAGAGGUAAAAGAAGAGAUACUGCCUGAUUAGUGGAGAGCGCAGACAGUGCCUGAAGAGUUUGUUCGAAGAAUAGUUGAUUUGCGGCUAGAUUGACUGUUUGAAAAAUGAGUCCUGACACGGUAAAAGAAGAGAUACUGCCUGAUUAGUGGAGAGCGCAGACAGUGCCUGAAGAGUUUGUUCGAAGAAUAGUUGAUUCACGUCUAGCUUGAGCCAUUAAAAAGGGUCUUGACACAAUAAAAGAAGAGACAGUGCCUGAUUAGUGGAGAGCGCAGACAGUGCCUGAAGAGUUUUUUCGAAGAAUAGUUAAUUCACGGCUAGCUUGAGCCAGCGAAAAAUGGGUCCUGACACGGUAAAACAUGAGAUAGUAACUGAUUAGUGGAGAGCGCAGACAGUGCCACGCCCUUCAACGUCCUGAGCCAGCCGUUGAUUGGCUAUAUGUAAGAAAAUGAGACGAGUUCAAAGUCCGUUUUCCGGGACUUGAAAGGGCGGGACUUCCCUCUCAUCUUGACGUGCUAUUUUUAUGUUUUCUGACCUCCCCGGUGAGGGAACAGAGAGACGCAGACACUAGGAAUUUUCCAAGUCACGGUGAACAUACUGUGCUCUCUAAGUGCCCUUUGACUUUUAAAAAUCAUUCAGAAAAGCUGAUAAUUUGAUUUAUGGUUUACAGGGCUCCGCAGUCAGCUGCGACCUGAUAUCUACCAAGAUGAGCGACGAAAAUGGGGCGAGGAAGACGCUUCUGAAGGCCCCCAAAAUUAG